CGCGCACCGUAUAGGAGCACCACCGCGCACGGCGGUUUGGUUUUGGGUGGAGCAGCCGAGUCGGGAGCUCGCGCCGCUUCUUCUUAUCAUUCAUUCUUCACUGCGGAUAUUCGCGCCUUGAGAGGAGAACGAGAGGGCGAGCGCGAGCGCGCGCGCGAGAAAGACAGAAAGAGAGACAGAGAGAAACAUAGAUAGAGAAAGAGCUCGAGCACGCGCGGAGGAGAGGGAGAGGAUAUGGGCGGGAUGGUGUUCGCCGUCGUCCCCGCGUGAAGCGUCCCCUCGGAGCCCGCCCGGUGUCCGUCCGCCCGUAGCGCGAGGAUGGAGGAAUCCGAGAGCAUUCCGUGCGCGCCAGAGGACGGGCUGCUCGCGAGCUGGCGCUGGAACCGGAGCGCGCGCGAGCAGGUGCAGCUGAAGCAGAAGAUCCGCGACCUGCCCGGUCUGCUCAAGCACGGCUUACAUCUGAGGAAGAAAAGCCAAUCACCUGAUACCGUCCCCGGACCCAGCGCCAGCGUCCCCUCCAAGUCCAAGACAUGCUCUCAGAGUUUUCCGUGCGCCGGUCGUGCUCUGAGAAACGCAUUCCUGUCUCACGGCCCUUACCCUGCCAAAGACAAGAUCCACCUGGCCCGGAUUAUCAGGAGGAGCUACGUGGGGGUUGAGCUGGUGCAGUGGCUGCUGGAGCAGUGUGUGUUCGUCCAGUGCCGGAUGAUGGCGGCGCGGGUUUGGCAGGUGUUGCUGGAAUUGGGCAUUCUGCACUCAGUGGAUCAGCGGGUGGUGUUCGAGGACUCCAACACGUACUACCAGUUCUCCUUUGAGGAGUGUGAUGCACAGGGCUGUGAGUUCCGCUCGGAGGAGGAGUGGCAGAACGGCGUCCGCCUCCUCCUGCAGCUCGUCCCCUACGUCCAGUUCAGGGUCGUCAGCCCGCCUGAGGAAGAUCCUGAGGGAAAGCGAGAUAUCUGCAGUGAGAUUCUCCAGAUGAAGGCUCUGGAACGACUUACGUCCACAGUACAGAAUGAACUAGCAGCAGCACUGGCGAGAAAAGCAAGGAAGUCCAUGUCAGAAGAGGGCGCUUCAGAUUCUGCAGAAAGUUCCCCUCAAGAGCCUCAGAAACCAGAUGAAGACAAAAACAAGCAGAGUGGGGUGUGUGGGCUGAGAUCGCCCGACGAGUUGUCGCGUUUGGAGAUGGUCCAGAGGCUGGCGAAGGACGGGUGCCGCUUCCUUCAGAACCCAAACUACAGGCUGCCGGAUCGAUCAACACCGGCGCAGGGCGAGGGAGCGGUGCGCGUGUGCCUGAAGGAGAGGGGUCAGGACGUGCUGGUGCUCCAGAGGGUGGCGUCAGACAGGACAUCGCCACAGACGGCUGGGGGCGGAGUCAAGGAGGACGAAAGUGAUAGGAGGUACGUGGUGGUGUCUGGAACGCCGCACAAGAUCCUGGAGCACCUGCUGAGCGACCUGAGGCUGGACGAACACCAGGGGGCGACGGAGGGCAAAGAAGCCGAAAUGCUUCUGGACGACUUCUUGCUGACCUAUCUCGUCUUCAUGUCCACAAACGACCUCUGCCAGGCUCUUCUCGGACAUUAUUGCACCAAGCGCUGUCGUGGAAAGGAGGAAGGGAAGGAGGCCCUCUAUCGAAAGCGGAAGGUACUGCACCUGGUUUCCCAGUGGAGCUCUCUGUAUAAAGACUUCCUGCGCGAAGAAGAACACGUCAAACUCUUCAUGAAGACGCUGUAUCGCUACGUGUUGGAGGACGUCUACGAGUUCCCCACUCUGGAGAAAGACCUGAAAGAGUUCCAGAAGCUUCUGCGCCGCAGACACACUGUGGAUGAUUACUCUCCCCACCAAAAGAACAAGGCUCUUUUCCAGCAGCUGAGUCUGAAGGAGAACGGUAUCCAGAUCCGUGGAGCUCACAGCGACAGCAGAGAAGUCAUGUGCCGAGUUUACGUGAGCUCAGACUCUUACUUAGGCAUCAGGGUGAGGACCACCAUAGUGGCCCAGGAGCUUCUGCACACCGUGGCUCAGAGGAUGGAGAAGCCGGUGGAGGACAUGGUGCUGGUGGCCCAAACAUACAGUGGAGAAAAGCGGCUCAUUCAACCUCACGACUGUAUCUUCUCUGAGUCUCUGACUCUUCCUGGUCGACUCAUGGCCUGCUGGAAGGACCUGAGUGAAAUUCUGCCUCCUCUAACAGACUGUCCUGAGCUGGCUCAGCGCUCCACGCGGCUGCUGGGAAUUAACACGUGGGACAUUUCCGUGGCUCUAACUAACCUCGACUGGAGCCUUUUCAACUCUGUACACGAGCAAGAGCUGGUCUACUACACCUUCAGCCGGCAGGCGAGCAGUGGCCACACUGUGGCGCUAGAGCAGCUCCUCCAGAGGUGUAAUGAAGUCCAGCAGUGGGUGAUGUCAGAGAUACUGCUCUGUCCUUCACUCGGAAAGCGAGUCCAGCUGCUCAAGAAAUUCAUCAAAAUCGCUGCCCACUGUAAAGCACAGAGGAACCUGAACUCCUCCUUUGCCAUCAUUAUGGGUCUGAACACAGCAGCAGUGAGUCGGCUGAAUCUGACCUGGGAGAAAGUUCCUGGGAAAUUUAAGAAGCUUUUCUCAGAGCUGGAGUUAUUAACAGACCCCUCCCUGAAUCACAAGGCCUACAGAGACGCCUUCAGGAAGAUGAAGCCGCCUAAAAUUCCAUUCAUGCCUCUGCUGCUGAAAGACAUCACUUUCAUUCACGAGGGAAACAAAACAUUCCAUGAUAAUCUCGUCAACUUCGAGAAGCUGCAUAUGAUUGCAGACACUGUCCGUCUCAUACGCCACUGUCAGACUGACCAAACAGGAAACGAAGUUGCCCCGACUGACAGCCCGGACCUGAGAGCCAGCGUGCACUACCUUCACAUUAUUGACAAUCAGCAGACUCUGUUUGAGCUGUCCCACAGACUGGAGCCCAGAGCGUAACAGCGCCACCUGCCAGACAUUCCCUGGAACUGCAGCGGCAUCACUGCAUCCCUUAUUCACGACCGCAGAACAAACAGCAGGAUGCUCCCACUCUCUGAAGAACCCGAUCGAACACGAAGAACAUUGCGCACUAUUAUUCUGGUGUAAAAAGUGGCGAUGUGCACAUUCUUGUUUCGACCACUAGAGGGAGGAGGGGCGGAGCCUCUUUCAUGGCCGAAACAAGUGAAGACCUGUCGGGAUCCCCGGGUUGUGUUCCGUAUGAGUUGAUUUGACACACACACACUCUCAGACACACACACACACACACACAGUCAGUAUUUUGUUGGUGUUGUUGCAAAAUCUCGUAUCUCCGAAAUUAUACCAUUAAAAGGAGAUUAAAACAACGUUCUUAACUCUUUGAUGUAAGCUAGCUAGCGCUAUAAGAUUUUAUCGUAAGUCAUUUUGGACCUUUUUUUUCUUUUUUCUCUAUUGUUCUCUAUCGGAUCCUAUUGUCACGAAGCGUUCACCCAACGCAGGCAACGAGGCAGCUGGCACUUUCCAAAUAAAGAAUAAAGGAGUUACGAGGUUUUGAGUCGAAGCGUGAACAUCAACACAUUCCUCUUCGAUAUUGUUUUACUGAAACGCUGUUUUUCGAUGUUGUUAAACCACUUCUUUCACGCUGUGGCUCUGCACAAUGCUGUGGUUUACGUACGUGUCGAGUGCAUAGCAGUUUAUUAGUGGUGAUAUUGGAACACAGCCUCGAUGUGGGCGUCUUCACAGCAGCUUUUCAGGGAUGUCGUUCGGAUGACGUUAAAAGGCUAAAAGAGAGAGAGAGAAAGAGAGAGAGAGCAGUAUGAGUCUUGCGUGAGACGACAAAGUGAUGUCACAGAAACACGCCUCACACAGACUGGUGUAAUUACAAUACGAAAAAAAGAUUGUUGCUAUUGUGAUUUUUUUUGUUUUGUUAUUAUUAUAAACUAUUAUAAAGCAGAGCCGUAAAUCGUAAAUGGACUUUUUUUGUGCUUGGGGCGGGGCUUCGUCCAUCGCUCUGGUAACAUAGCAGUAUUAUUUAAUCUACUAUUUUUUUUUUAGUUUUUUUUUUUUUUAGUUUUUUUCAUUUCUGUGCAAUGCUCCUUAUACAGUCGUUACUGGAGUGCAGUGUUUUAAAUUUAUAAAUACAGUCACGUGAAUAAGUAUUUGGACAAUGACUUGUAAUUUAUAAUGUAAUUUAUGUAAUUUUGCCUGUGGACAACACCUCAGUGGAUUUGACUUUACCUGAAUUAUAAUGAAAAGUGUAGAUUUUACACCCUGUGCAAGAUUUGUCACGAUGCUCAUUGCUAUCUUUCACCCCGCCAACAUGUCUUGCGCCUGUGAUAUUAAAAUAUUGGUGAAGUUUACGAAUAAAUCUAUGCUGAUGGUCGUAGUGAUCUGGAGGUGAGGUGUAAUGUAAAACACCACUGUCAGGUGCGCCACUGACUGAUUAUAACCCUGACAACAGUCAACCGUCAUACGUUCAUUGCUAGCUUGGUAAUGCCGGUGCACGCAGCAGUGCACAAAUCCAAACCCAACUUCUCCACAAGCAAUAAAUAGAAUACAAAAUAAAAAAAAAAACAUUGCUGUUCAAGUAAAUGAGCUGCUUUUGCAUCUUCACCGCAUGAACGCACAGGUCAGUUUCCUCUGCUGAGACAUACAGAAGUGCUGCGCCAUUAAAAUAACAAUCUGCCAAAGUCUAAAAUUCGCUUAAAGGGAAUGAUGAGCAAGUGACACACUGAAUGGUUUAUUUCACAUUACAUUAAAAAAAAAACACACCCAUGGUUAAUUAAGAGAAUUAUUACAUGCCUUUUGCUCGUUUUAACCCUUUCAAACCCUGUGUCAAAUUUUUUAUGUUGUAUUGUAUAUGUUGUUACACUCAGUCUUUAUAAUAAAUUUUGCACUUGGUCAGUGUUCUUCAAGCACUUGCCAUAUUCAUAAGUUUUUCAGAGAAUUAUGUUGUAGAACACUAACCACAUUUUUUUAUUAAUCAGGAUGCAAUAAAAUGGCUAACUGGAACAGUUGAUAACCAGAUCAUCUGUCAAACAUGGUGGAGGCUGUGUUAUAGCUGCCAAUGGAACUGGCUUUACUGGUGAUUAAUUAAACUGAUUUCAAACAUUUCAAAUACCCUGGGGUGGUUUUCUGAAGCAGCAUUACCAAAAAAACUAACAAAAAAAACUCUUUAAGUCUCACAGUCCAAAUACUUAUACACCUUACUAUAUAUACACAUAUAUACAGCUCUGAAAAUAAUUAAGAGACCACUUCAGUUUCUGAAUCAGUUUCUCUGAUUUUGCUAUUUAUAGGUUUAUGUUUGAGUAAAAUGAACAUUGUUGUUUUAUUCUAUAAACUACAGACAACAUUUCUCCCAAAUUCCAAAUAUAAAUAUUCAGUCAUUUAGAGCAUUUAUUUACAGCAGAAAAUGAGAAAUGACUGAAAUAACAAACAAAAAAAAUCAAUAUUUGGUGGAAUAACCCUGAUGCAUCUUGGCAUCAUGUUCUCCUCCUCCACCAGUCUUACACACUGCUUUUGGAUAACUUUAUGCUCUUUAAACUCCUGGUGCAAAAAUUCAAGCAGUUCAGUUUGGUGGUUUGAUGGCUGGUGAUCAUCCAUCUUCCUCUUGAUUAUAUUCUAGAUAUUUUUUUAAAGUGGUCUCUUAUUUUUUUCCAGAGCUGUAUAUAAAUAUAUAUUUUUUGUUUGUUUGUUUUCUUUUCUUUUUGUUUUUGUUUCUCCGAUGCCAUCGAAAGCCGCCAUUGGACCUCAUCCGCUGUCCGGGAGAUUUCAUUUCAUUUCAGCUAAACGAGUCGCGCAUGCAUGCACAUAGUAUUUGCACUUAUCAUCUCUGUUUCUAUGACGAUGUGUAAGAAUGUACAUAGGUUUAUAAAUGUAAGUUUAUCGUGAGGCAUCUGCAUAUACAUACGUUUCUGUGCCAAAUGCUAAAAUGAUGAUUAUUAUUAUAAUUAUUAUUAUUAUUAAUAUUAUUAUUAUUACUAUGAUGGGCGGGUGAUGCAAUAUUGAGUCUAGUUCAACAGUGUGUGCAACUUUGUUUCAGCCUUACCUGCAGCUUUCGCAGACCUGUUUUUGUCAUUUUGUGAAGAAAUUAUAUGCUGUCAUUCACGUAAUUCUCUGGAUAUAUUUCUGUUGUGUUUUCUUUGUCUUUUUUAUUCUUUUUUUUUUUGGGUGGGUCGCUUAUUAACUUUUUUUUUUUUUUUUUAGCUUUCUGUGUCUCAUUCUUUAAAGGGGCACUAAACCCUCAAAAUUUAGCUCAAAUUUGAAAAAGACAAAAAAAAAAAUGGGAGAUGUAGUUUAAGAGGAGUACUGGGUGAUGUAUGGGUUUAGAGGCGGGAGAGCAGCACAGUUGAACCUGUGGGGGCGCUGCAGAGGCAGAAAUUACCACAAUAAAAGCUUUUUUUAAAUGUUAAAAAAUGUUUUUACAAUUUUGAAGCAGGACUGGUAUGUUUUAUUUAAAGGAAAACAUUUUAGCUAUUAAUAGAAAAAAUAUGGUUUUAAUAUUUAGGGUUUAGUGGCUCUUUAAUGCUUUAAAAAGGGAAUGCUUUUGAGAUUUUGUAAAAGAGAUGUUUAAUGAAAAGCCAUGAUCUGUCGCAGUAUUUUGCCAAACGAAGCGCUCUCCUGGUCUCUGACGGCAUCAGAUGGCAAUCUGAUGGCUGCAUGUUUUGUACUGACCUUUUUAUGGCAUUCGAGGACGGAGGCAUUUUUCUCUAAUUUAUUAUAACUUUUUAAAUAUUUAUGGCUGCCGCGAUGGAGAAUAAUGGUGCGAAAUGUUAUUCAGGCCCGAGCGACAGCUGUGUAAAAACUCUAAAAUCACUGAUUCUUAUUAGAGAAUAUGGAAUAUUUUGAUAUAAUAUCUGCAUAUGUACUGUUUUGGAGUGGCCAGGGACAGGCAGGGAGGGUUAUUCUAUUUUUUUUAUUUUUUAUUUUUUUGGUUGCUGUUUGAUUCUGCUCUAUUUCACACCAUGUUCAGCUGGUUUGCAUGUGGUAAAGAAAUCCCAUCAAUGAGAAACGAACACGCUCAUUGUUUUCCUGCAAAUGUAAAUAGAAAUAGAUAUGCUCUCUAUUAUUUAUGUUCCAAAACCAGAAACGCAAAGCAAUAGGUUUCCCCUCUGUGCAGUUUCCUCCCCUUCGUUGCUUUAGAAACCACACACAACUUUUCUAUAAUAUGCAUUUUUACAGCAAAUGAGUCGAUUAAACAUUUAUGUAAUACGA